AUGAGUUUUUUAAAUAUCCGCUAUCCAACCGGUCAUUUGGAGGUUUUCCCAGUCAAGGCUCAGGCGCCCUUAAUAAAGGUUUUUGAGGCAGCAUGCGCUAAGAGAUCGUUGGAUCCAAAGGCACACAAAUUAGUGCACAAGAGGAGAACUGUCGAUUUGAGUCUUCCUUUCCAAUACUCCGGUUUGACCAACCGCGCUACAUUAGAGCUAGUGGCCUACGAGGAAGGAGAAGCAAUGCCAAUCCCCUCAACAAGCACUGUUCGCAUCGGAAUUCGUCUUGAAGACAGCCACAGGGUUGAGUGGAGUGGAUGCUCAAGUUCUUCAAUUUGGAGCAUCCUGGAGACACUUGCCUCCCAAGACAAAAGGAUCGCUGCACUUCUCACACCAACAGCUGAUGGCCUUGUACCGACCGUGAUAUAUCUACAAAAUCAGAUUGGUGGAGAAGCGUCACUUCGUGAUACAACACUCGAUAGUUUGGGGAUUCGAGGUUCCGCUCUCUUUCAACUGCAUAGUGGACCACCCCAACCUGUCAAAAGCGUUGCGAAAGGUUCCCCACAUGUUCCAUCUCUCCCUGCUGGUGCAUCUUCACCGACUACUGGAACAGAGCAGCCCUCGGGAAGUCCAUCGUCUCCCGGGAAGAAACCACCACACUCACCAGCCUCACAGCACUCGUCCCCAUCAGCGUCAGUAGCGGGAACGCGUCAACUAACUUGCGAGCAGCAUUUGUCUCAGGGCGAGUCCACUUUUAUGUCUCCAAGUGGCAGUAGUAGUGGCGGCGCUGGUACCUCUGACAGUUCUUCGCCUCCUGCUAAGAAACCACCACCGCCACCAGCCUCACAACAUCAAUCUCCACCGGCGCCAGUAGCGGGAACGAGCCAACCGCCCUACAAGCAACAUUUGCCUCAGGGAGAGUCCGCUUCCAUCAUAUUUCCAAGUGGUAGCGGUAGCACUGCUGGUGCUGGUACCUCCCCCACACUGGAACCAUUCUCCAUAUUUACUUCUGCAUCGUCCAGAUCCCUAUUCGAUCCGGAUGAGUCAGCACGAGAACAUCCUAAAAAGUCACCAACAGUGGGUGAGAUGAUUGGGGUCAGUUUGGAGCCCGAUGUGGCAACUUCUUCCCAACAAGGCGCCAUGCGGGAACACAUUCCCAAGUUCAAGUUUCCCACCGAGACAGAGGGCCGAAAUCUCCUGCAUCCGGAAGAAGCAGGUGGAAGUGCCGAGAUGACAAGUGGCGCCUGUGAACGGGAAGAAGUGCUUUUCCGAAGACAAACCUCCGUCUCACACGACACGGAGUCGGAAGAACUACCUGAUGAGUACUUUCAACUCACGGAACGUGAACUGCGUCUCAUCAUAUCCGAUCUACGGAAGGAAGCAGGUACGGAUGUUCUUCUGGGCGAACGCAGUGUUCAAAGGUCCGCAAGAUCUGCACUCAUUGAGAACUCCCCAAGGUGCAUCAUUCGAUUUACCUGGUCUGAUGACAUCUGCCUUCAAGCUUGCUUCAGACCUCAAGAACAUGUAUCUGCUCUGUAUGACUUCAUACGAGAAAGACUGGCGAACAGGGAUCUAUCUUUCCAACUGUUCACCACUCCUCCGCGAGUUGUUCUUUCAAACAUGGAUGAAACUCUCAUACAGGCACACCUCGUUCCUAUGGCUAGAGUUCAUAUGACCUCGCAAAACGUCUCUUCCAGAGCCAGAGACGUUCUUCGUGCCGACUUAUUGGCAAACAUGAAAUCAGAUGCCGAGGCUGCUGAUAUCUCAGCUAAAUGGGUGCCCAAAUCUCCAAAUGCAUAA